CUGACCAGGUUGCGCCGGUGACCUACGAGCCACCGAGAACUGGCAUUUUAGAAAUUACUUUCACCUUCCAAGAUGAAAGUAGCUGUAGCGUUGUCGUUUAUGGCUGCCGUCGUGCAGGCCAAAGUGUCUGUGAGUGUCCGUCGCGAGUUGGAAGCCAAGCCCGUUGUGGACGCGAUUGCGUACUUCUACGGUGUGAAUGUCAACACACUAGCGUUUACGGAAGGCGAGAACCGCAAGCAAACGUUGUUUAACGCGUUAAACAACGACGUCGUGACCAUCGAGUCCACCCUCAAGAGUGUGCUGGACAACGUCGAGAGAAAGGUCGUGCACACGUCGUGGCUUAUCGGCGCUUCGUUCCUCACUGGUCUCACCAAGGAAGACAUUGAAAAGCUAUCGAAGAACCCCAACGUGCGCAAGAUCACGGGACGGUUCACCACGACCUUGGACGAGCCGCUUACCGACGCCGCCUCCACCACCCUUUCGGCCAACGAAGACACCCCCCAGUGGGGCGUGGACACUGUCGGCGCCCCCUCCAUUUGGAAGUACUUUACCGGCAAGGGCGUAGUCGUGGGCUCGAUCGACACGGGCGCUGCGUACUCGCACAUUGCACUCAAAGACAACUGGCGCUCCAACAAGGGCUGGUUCAACCCGUACAACGGCACCGCCCACCCCCUCCCCAUCGAUUCGGCCCAGCACGGCACCCACACGAUCGGUACGAUUGUGGGCAAGUACGGCAUCGGUGUCGCCCCCGACGCCCAGUGGAUCUCGUGCAUGGGGCUGUAUGUCAACUCGGGGGAUGACGUGUCCUUGGCCAAAUGCGCCGAGUUCAUGGUGUGCCCUACUCGGCUGGAUGGCACGCACCCUGAAUGCAAGCUCGGCGCCGACGUGAUCAACAACUCGUGGGGAGGCCAAGGCGAUUACGACGACUUUUACGAGGCGUCCAUCACGGCGUGGCGCGCCGUGGGCAUCACGCCCAUCUUCUCCAACGGCAACUCGGGUCCCGUGUGCAAGUCCACGGGGUUCCCCGGCGGCUACCAGCGCGUCAUCUCGGUCGGCGCUAUCGGCUCGUACACGGACGAGCGCAACAAGUUGGCGUUCUUCAGCUCCAAAGGCCCUGUGGUUUCGAAGGCUGCCAACGGCACGCUCACCACCAUCAUCAAGCCUGACAUCUCGGCCCCUGGGUUCUUCACCUUGUCUGCCAACGCCAAGAACUUGACUGGCUACGUUCGCAUGGCGGGUACAUCCAUGUCUGGCCCCCACGUCGCCGGUGUCGUCGCCUUGCUCAAAAGCGCUCAAUCUGACUUGACCUACGAUGAAAUCUACGCGUACAUCACCAAGACUGCCGAUCGCGACAUCUUGGAACCUGAACCAGCCCAGUGGACUCGUCCUGACGGGUCUGUGAUUGCCCCUGGAUCUCCCAACUGCGGCGGUGUCUCAGACAAGGCGUGGCCCAACAACCGCUUCGGGUACGGUCGUAUCAACGUCGGCACUAUCUUGCGUGAUGGCAAACUCAACGACACCCCCACCAAGCAACCCACCACCAUCCUCCCAACCACAACUGUGGCCACUCCUACCACAACCACAUCGCCUGCCACCACUCCUUGCCCUACUCACGUCACCCCUAAGCCUACUGGCACUACCCCUUGCCCUACUAACGUCACCCCCAAGCCCACUGGCACCCCCGCAACGACACCAUGCCCUACUAACGUCACCCCCAAGCCUACUGGCACGACUCCUUGCCCUACUAACGCUACGCCUACGCCUACGACCACCAAGCCCAGCGUGUGCGAUAAGCCUGUGGACGGCGUGGAUUACUACGGCAACGAUAUCAAGUCCACCCAACGGUCCAACAGCGACGACUGCUGCGACGACUGUGCCAAGACCCCUGGCUGCGUUGUGUACGUGUGGACCCCUUGGAACGACGGCACGUGCUUCUUGAAGUGGAAGGCUGGCAAGUCUGCUCCUUACUGGGGCGCUAAGGCCGCCAAGGUCACCAAGUCUGUUGGUUCGUGCCAAGCUGCCCAAGCCAACGUGGACUACUACGGCAACGACAUCGCCCGUAUUUCUGCCGACAAGGACGACUGCUGCGCGUUGUGCUUGACAGCUGACAACUGCAAGGGUUACUCGCACUACCAAGGUCAUUGCUACCUCAAGGGCGAACUCGGCUACGCUUCUGCCAAGGCAGGCGUUACUUCGGGUGUCCGUAACUAAGCGGGGUCGAAUAUCUGAUGCAUAUUACACGUUGUGUGUUCAAUAAAGUUGGUGUAAUUCCC